CUUAUUUGUUUUAGUGACACCGAGUUGUGUUGUUUUCCAAACAGUCCGCUUGAAUAAUGGAUGGAGAAGAAUUCAGAAAAGAAGAUUGUGUUUUUAAAUUUCAGGCUUCCAGCCCAGCUUGCACAGAACUUGAAAUUGUUGUCAUGAAUUGGUUGGCGAAAAUGAUAGGACUACCUGAUGAUUAUCUCCAUAAAAAAGGCGGAACAGGUGGAGGAGUAAUACAGACCACAGCUAGCGAAAGCACUUUGAUAAGCCUCCUAGCCGGAAGGUACGUUGCUUUAAAAUUGUACAUGGAUCUCUAUCCGAAUGUCAGUAAGCAUGAAAUUCACGGUAAACUGGUAGCAUAUUGUUCCGAUCAAGCACAUUCCAGCAUUGAAAAAGCUGCUUUAAUAGGAUUGGUCACUUUACGGUACAUAGAAUCGGACGAAAAUUAUUCCAUGAGGGGCAAAGAGCUCCAACAAGCAAUAAAGGAAGAUAGAGAGAAUGGGCUUAUUCCUUUUUGGGUAUGCGCUACUUUGGGAACCACAGGCUCGUGCGCUUUCGAUAACUUAGAAGAAAUCACGCACGUAACACAAAAAGAACUGCUGUGGUGUCACGUGGAUGCAGCUUACGCUGGAUCAGCUUUCGUUUGUCCAGAGCACAGGACCUGGCUAAAGGGAAUAGAUAACGCAAACUCCAUUGCCUUCAAUCCAUCCAAAUGGAUGAUGGUACAUUUCGAUUGUACAGCCAUGUGGGUCAAGAACAGCGGGGCUUUACAUGGAGCUUUCAAUGUCAACCCUUUAUAUUUAACACACGAGUAUUCAGGUCUAGCAAUAGAUUAUAUGCACUGGCAAAUACCUUUAAGCAAAAGAUUUAGAGCCUUAAAACUUUGGUUCGUCAUUAGAAAUUACGGUAUUGCAGGAUUGCAGGAGCAUAUCAGGAGGCAAACACAUGUAUCCAUGGAUAAUUUAAUAGAUCAUGGGCUUCGUCUAGCUUUGGCUCUUUGCGGGGCGCCCAAUGAUGUGCUCACGAGCGAUAAACCUGCGAUUGAGCUCGUCCAAAGGUAUCGAGCAAAAAUGUAUGCUGAAGCCACCAAUUCUAAAAAAGUCGAUCUUGCACGCAUAAUCCCGACUGCCAAUGCGUUAACUGAGUAUAUCAAGCGUUUAUAUUUCCAAGUACAGGCUUGGUAUGGUUCACAAGGUCAAGACAAGACCUUAGUUCCGUUGAAAUGGAGGUGGGAAUUGGUGGAUGGAGAGCUCAGUUCUGUCACCAUGACCCAGAAAGCCGGUCGCGGGGAAAUUUUAAUUUUCUUGUUUAAAUUUCUUGUAAAACCGACUGAGGCACAAGGUGCGGGUGCCACCGAAGUGGGUUGGAGUGCUCACUUGCAUGCAAGCAUUGCGAUGGCAAUUGCUCAAAGAGGCAAUUCCAAUGGGGCCGAGAAUAGUGACGAGAAAGAAGAUGAAGAAGGGGAGGAAGAUGAAGAAAGAGAAGAAAAAAAGAAGAGUUUGAACAAGAUAAAUGACGUAAUCAACCUAUUUAUUUUUAAGGGUGUAAAAUUAGCGGAAAAAUUUGAAUCUCUUAUCAGAAGGGACAAUCGUUUCGAAAUCCCUUGUACAAGAUAUUUGGGCCUGGUCGUUUUUCGGUUGUUGGGAGACAAUGUCAUCACAGAAACUUUGUGGAAAAGACUAAAUUCCAGAGGAAAAAUACAUUGCGUUCCGGCGAGUCUCAAAGGAAAAUACGUUAUUAGAUUUACUAUAACCUCGCCCCGAACUAAUGUAGAUGAUAUCGUGACAGAUUGGAAAGAGAUAGUGACAGUGACAGAUGCAUUGCUCAAAGACAACGUCGUAAAUGCUGCAAGAGCUAAAGUACCUCUUGCAGAAAUCAAGGAUAAAAAUGAAAAUUUUGGAACGAGUUUGCUGCUGUCAAAUAUUCCUACAUCUCCUAAAAUUGUGAAUGGUUCUUUCGCGGCCAUUUAUGACCAAGGCGACGUUUUGGACGACUUUUUAAAAACUAUCAAACUGAGAAAAGACGCCAAGGAUAGUCCAGCUAUGAGAAGAAGGAUCAAAGGCAUACUAAUGUCUGGAAAACAGUUUUCCCUCGAUUCCAGGCUGGAUCUAUUCCACGGAAUCGAAUCGACCAGCCGUUCAGAGGUUUUCGAGAAAUUGCCGUUGCUUGAGGACUCGAAUGAAACGGACGAUAAUAGUUUCGUUGAGAGCGACUUUGAAUGUCUCCAAUCACCGUCAAGCGAACCACUAGACCUUCUUUACCACAGUCAGAAUAGAUCAAAAUCGGUUGACCAUCAAGCCAUAAAUUUCAUCGAAAUGAAGAAGAUCUGCAAUAAAUGCGGCCAUCUUGUCAACGGAUCAGUAACGAAAGAAGAACAGAAGUAGAUGUAGACAACAAAAUAUAAUAAUGUCAAAUAAAUGUGUUGUAGUCGUUCAAAUCUGUGAAAUAUAUAAACGCAAUCUCAAAUUCCAAUAAUGUGUUUUUAAUUUAUAAAUUUACUAUAGUUUCUGUACAUAUAAAGCAGAGAGGGUGGGUUUCCCCACAUAAUUUAGGCUUCUCUAUUGACAGGGAUAACGGAAACAUCAGUAGUGACGGUAAGACGCUCCUUUGGACAACAAUGAGGAUUGAAAUCAGUAUUAUAAAGAAGAGAGAACAGAUUCAAGAAAGAAUAGCAUGUUACAAUCUUAAAGUAAUUCCGAAACCAGAACAACGUCGGCCAUUGAAGAUAGUAAAAUUGACUUUGAAAACUAUAACCAAGUACGGUGACUCCAUGAGCUAAGGUGACCAGACUUCUUAUACAAAAAGAG